AAACGGCACAGCAUUUCAGUACUUGCCGUGGUCCAGGGAAGCAAGCAACAAGAACAUUUACUAUGAGCGUCCAAGUGAAGAAGUGAGUGAGCGCACACCAUGGAACUUGUGAGGUUCCACAUGUCUGUGUAGAGAGAAGGCAACCAAGAAGGCAAUGGCAAAAGAAGUUGUCAAGGAAGUCUCCGCCGUCCAAGAGCCUGCCGUAGUCAGCGACGAUGAAGGCAACGAAGACGAUACCGCGCUAUCAUACGAACGCAUUGAAGUUCUUCAAGAUGCUGGAAUCAAUGCGACAGAUAUUGCGAAGCUCAAGGAAGAUGGAUUUGCAACAGUUGGCCAGUUGUUUCAAGUGUCCAUGAAGCGCCUGUUGCAAGUCAAAGGUGUGAGUGAAGCUAAAGCUGAAAAGUUGAUUCAAGCAGCAAAAAAGAUUGUCGGUGAAAAGAGUGGAUUUAUGUCUGCAAGCACAUUGCUGACCAACAACAAGCAAAAGUAUUUCAUCACGACUGGAUCGAAACAAUUUGACAUGCUACUUGGUGGCGGGAUCGAGACUAUGUCAAUGACGGAGGUCCACGGAGAGUUUCGAACAGGAAAGACCCAAUUAUGCCACACACUUUGUGUCACCGCACAAUUGCCGCGAUCCCAAGGCGGGGGAGCAGGAAAAGUCGCCAUCGUCGACACGGAAGGUUCCUUCCGACCGCAACGAGUUGCAGAAAUUGCCAAGACACGAUACGAUUUGGAUGCAAAGGAUGUCUUAGACAACAUCAUUGUUGCAAGGGCGCAUAGCCACGAUGCUCAAAUGGACAUGGUUUUGAAGCUCGGAGUUUUGUUUGCGGAUCCCGAACGUGGCCCCUUUCGGCUUCUCAUCAUCGAUUCAAUCACCGCAUUGUUUCGUACCGAUUUUUCUGGACGUGGGGAGCUGAGCGAAAGACAACAGCGCUUGAACGUCCACCUGCAACGGCUCGUUAAACACGCAGAGGAAUUUAACAUUGCGGUUCUGGUGGUUAAUCAAGUGAUGGCCGAUCCUGGUGCAAACGCCAUGUUUGGCCCUGUCCUGAAGCCUGUUGGUGGACAUGUCAUCUCUCAUGCAUGUCAUACUCGAGUCUUGAUGAAGAAGGGCCGAGGCGAUAAUCGAAUUUGCAAAGUUAUUGACAGUCCGUGCAUGCCAGAGGCUGAAUGCACUAUCCAACUGGCUGCCGGUGGCGUUUGCGACGCCGACGAGUAGAUGUUUCCAGGCUAACUCGCUCGCCCAACAUGCUCCUUUUUUAUUUUCUUCUCGCCACUCGAAACGCGCCAAAUUCCUCGUCCUUCUCGAACGAAAUCCUGAUUUAUACACUUUCGAGCACUU